AAAAAAAAGUCGGUAUGAAUCUGUUUAAGAUACAGGAUGUACUAAUUGGAUGCAUAUGGAAUACCAUUAAAAGGAGGACUCAAGAAAAAGUAAAAGGAAAUGCUAUUUUCUAGCAUGGAGGCCGGCUGGGGAAACCAAUUAAUGUGUGGUGAAGCGCACCUUUCUCAGAUUGAUGAAUUUUAUCUGCUGAUUCAGUUAAGUCUAUUCCCCAAGCAGAAUUCAAGCUCUGCAGUUAUAAACACAAAUUUCAUGGUCCACAUGUCAUUCUUCUGCUGCUCCAUAAUUGCUAUAAAAACCUCAAAUAACCCCAGUAUUAGCUUCCAGAGGCAAAUUUUUAUAUAUUUUUUUCCACUCAAGUUUCUCAAGGUUGUAAUUUACUGUUCAAAGUAUCAGACAACAUGUCCAACCUACAGCAAUCUUUCAAUGCAGGCCAAACUCAAGGCCAAACCCAGGGUAGAACAGAACAAAUGAUACAGUCCACUAAGGAUACUGCAAAUGCAGCUAGAGACCAGGCAACAAAUGCUACUCAAUCAGCUCAAGAGUCUGCUCAGCAAGGACAGCAGCAGACUGCUGGUUUCCUUCAGCAGACUGGAGAGCAAAUGAAGGGCAUGGCUCAGGGUGCUGUGGAAAGUGUGAAGAACACACUUGGGAUGAAUGAGAAGAAAUGAAAUCAAAGGAUUGAUGAGCUCAUUUGGUUAUGAAAUGAGAUGCAGCUUUAAUAAAUGCAGAUUUUGUUGCUUUCUUUUGGUAAUUUAGGGAUGACGGAACAACUCGAGUUUGAGAAUUUUGUUUGGUGAGAAUUCAUAUCUAUAAUAAGAAAACCUUGAAUAUCAGAUUGUAAUGAGAGAGAG